UGCUCUGUGCCCUCAGUGUCUACUGUACCCACUAACCCAGCACAGACGUUUUCUUCCGCCGCCAUCCUCCACCCCAAAGCCAGACAGCAACACAGCCCUGCACCUAAACAUGAGCUUCACAGUGGAAGAGAGGGGGAACCCGAACACCCUGAACUAUCGCCUGUUCUUCAAAAAUGCUGAAGGAAAGUACAUCUCACCAUUCCAUGACAUACCAAUGUAUGCUGACCAAAGCAAGAACAUCUUUCACAUGGUAGUGGAAGUGCCAAAAUGGACAAACGCAAAGAUGGAGAUUGCUACCAAAGAUAUCCUGAACCCAAUAAAGCAAGACGUAAAGAAAGAAAAACUGCGAUAUGUUGCCAAUGUUUUCCCACAUAAAGGCUACAUAUGGAACUAUGGGGCUAUACCUCAGACAUGGGAGGAUCCUGCUCACAAAGACGGAGACACUGGCUGCUGCGGUGACAACGAUCCCAUUGAUGUCUGUGAAAUUGGCAGUAAGGUGUGCUCCCGUGGGGAGGUAAUCAAAGUGAAAGUGCUGGGGGUCCUGGCCAUGAUCGAUGAGGGGGAGACUGAUUGGAAAGUGAUUGCAAUCAAUGUAGAGGACUCUGAAGCUAACGACUUGAACAACAUCAAUGAUGUUCGUCGCCUGAAACCUGGUUAUCUGGAGGCCACGGUCGACUGGUUCAAGAGGUACAAGGUGCCUGAUGGGAAACCAGAGAACCGGUUUGCUUUCAACGAGGAGUUCAAAGACAAGGACUUUGCCAUUGAAGUAAUCAAGAGCACGAACAACUUCUGGAAGGCCCUCAUUUCCCAGCAGGCCAGUGCUGGUUCGCUGAACUGCAAAAAUACGUGUGUCUCAGAGGGUGACAGCCCUUUCUGCUGCUCUGCAGGCGAGGCUAAAGCUGCUGUUGAUCAAACAUGUCCUUGUGGAAAAGAAGAACCUAUCCCCUUAUCAGUUGAUAAAUGGUUCUACUAUGAGAGGAAAUAAACCAGGAGCGGUUUGGAUUGGCGCAGACUGAGGGGAUCAUCAAUAAUUGGAAUCAUUAAAUAGAUGGUCUUAUUCUAGGAAGUAGGAUGAUGGGAUGGGAUGUGGAUGCUUGGGUUUUGGUCAGCCGGUUCCCUGUAGAGGAAGAGAUGGUGAUUAGAUACCGUAGAGAAAGAGAAAAGUCAAAUACUCAUGUCUAGACCAACGAAUUGUCACUUAUUUAAAAAAGACCUUGUUGGAAAUAUGCUUUCAUAAAUUAAGUACAGGUACUAGUAGAAAUGCCCUGUAUAAAAUGCUGAACUGCUUUCAUAAAGCUCCCUGGGUAAGAUUGUAAUCAAUGUGUGAUAUGCCCCUGCUUCCUAGCACUGUUAAAUAAAGGAAUUGCAUAACA